GCUGUUCCUGGCUUCUAGGGGGAAGGUGGUUGCGCCAGCUCUCCCACACUGAGCGUGUGGAUGCGGGAGGGAAGACGUUGUGGGCAGAAAUCUACAAAUAAAGCUGGCCUCCCCCGUCUGAUGAUUGUCUCGCCCCUCUCGUCCGAGCUCUGAUCGCUGUGCUGCACCCCCAUCUGCAUGCCCUGAAGUGCGACGUCGAUAGACGGCGCUUCUAGUUCCUCGAGCCUUGAAAGAGGUCACCAGUGAAGCACUCGCUAUACCAAACAAGUUCACUUACAUACAUUGAAGCACUGUAUUGCCCGAGUGUCUUCCAAUCGUCGCGAUCAUGGCGGACGACAAGCAUAUCGGAGCCGUGCCCUCGGGUGACUACUCAGCAUCAAAUAUAGAAAAGGCCCAUCAUGGUGCAAAAAUUGAUCUAAACGCCAACGUUGACGCAAAAAUCAAAAACCCCCUCCUCGGCAUCUCCCGCGCCGACCUUCUCCGUGACGUUGACGCCUUUGCCCAGGAAAAGGGCCUGCAGGAGUACAUCCCCGUGCUGCGCAAGGGCGCCCUCGUUGCCCAGGACCCGACGGGCUACGAAGAGAUUGACGGCGCCGAGGCCCUCGACCAGACCGAGAUCCAGGUCCUCCGCGACGAGGUCCUGCACAAGUGGCGCAUCCCUAAAAUCCUGUACCUCACCAUCAUCACCUGCUCCAUCGGCGCCGCCGUCCAGGGCUGGGACCAGACCGGCAGUAACGGCGCCAACCUGUCGUUUCCCACGGUGUUUGGCAUCGGGGGCACAUCGCAUCAUGAUACCCUCCUUGUCGGCCUCGUCAACUCGGCCCCGUACAUUGGUAGCGCCUUCAUCGGGUGUUGGCUCUCGGAUCCCCUGAACAACCUCCUCGGCCGCCGCGGUGCCAUCUUCUUCGCGGCGAAUUUCUGCCUCUGGCCCGUCCUCGGCAGCGCCUUUGCCCAGUCCUGGCCGCAGCUGCUCGCCUGCCGUCUGCUCCUCGGCAUCGGCAUGGGCGCGAAGGCCAGCACGGUGCCCAUCUUCGCCGCCGAGAACUCGCCCGCGCCGAUCCGGGGUGCUCUUGUCAUGUCAUGGCAGAUGUGGACAGCCUUCGGAAUCAUGGCCGGAACGGCAGCUAACCUAGCCGUCGCCAAGACUGGCGAUAUAGCGUGGCGUCUCCAGCUUGGAUCGGCCUUCAUUCCGGCCGUGCCCCUGGCCCUGUUGAUUUAUGUCUGCCCGGAAUCCCCUCGUUGGUAUAUCAAGAAAAACCGAUACCCGGAGGCCAUGAAGUCGCUGUUACGGCUGCGCAACCACCCUGUCCAGGCGGCCCGUGACAUCUACUAUAUCCAUACCCAGCUGCAAGUCGAAGCCGAAAUCAUCGGACGGUCCAACUAUGCUAAGCGCUUCGUUGAGCUCUUCACCAUCCCUCGUGUCAGACGCGCGACCCUGGCUUCGUUCACGGUCAUGAUCGCCCAGCAGAUGUGCGGCAUCAACAUCAUCGCCUUCUACUCGAGCACCAUCUUCAAGGAGGCCGGGACUUCCGAUUUCAACGCCCUCUUGGCGUCCUUCGGCUUCGGCAUGGUCAACUUCCUCUUCGCGUGGCCCGCCAUCUGGACCAUUGACACCUUCGGGCGCCGGUCCCUGCUGCUCUUCACUUUCCCUCAGAUGGCGUGGACGUUGCUGGCCGCCGGUCUCUGCACGCUCAUCCCGGGUUCCGGAGGUGCCCAUUUGGGACUGGUGGCGCUGUUUGUCUAUCUGUUUGCCGCUUUCUACUCACCCGGCGAGGGACCUGUCCCCUUCACCUACUCAGCAGAGGUCUUCCCGCUGUCCCACCGAGAAGUAGGCAUGUCGUGGGCGGUGGCGACUUGCCUGUUCUGGGCGGCCGUGUUGUCCAUCACGUUCCCCAUCAUGCUGGCCGAGCUGGGCGUCAUCGGCUCGUUCUGCUUCUACGCGGGCCUCAACGUCGUGGCCCUCGUCAUGAUUUUCUUCUGGAUGCCGGAGACCAAGCAGCGCACGCUGGAGGAGCUCGACUACGUCUUUGCGGUCCCGACGAGGAUCUUCAUGAAGUACCAGCUCACCAAGGCGCUGCCGUACUGGUUCAAGCGCUGGGUGCUCUUCCAGCGGGACGCCACCCUCGAGCCGUUGUACAAGUUCGACCUCACGCAGGAGGACCACCACGACAGCGAGACGUACGAAAAGACGAAGGUCGAGCAGCGGGACAACAAGAGCGGCUCCGCAAGCGGUGUCGACGUCACCUCCUCGUAAAGGGCUGGGAGAGACCCAAGAGGUCCAAGGGCACUAGAGGUCGAGAUGUGGCUUUGAUACCGACGAGGCUGCGCUGCAGGACGUGCGGGCAGCGCGCGACUACGUAAUUAUAGAUAGACAAACUACGAAUAUGUACUUGCAGAGGAGCUGUCUUCAGCUCACAAUCCGUAAUUGACCGCAUUAGGAAGCAUCGCACGUCCCGAUGAUACCUCCUUGC